AUGCCCGACAAGAUACUCGACGACAUCUCGCACAGGCGGUACAACCCGCUGACCGACAGCUGGCUGCUCGUGUCACCCCACCGGACGAAGCGCCCAUGGCAGGGCGCGCAAGAGGCUGCCGCCGCCAACACGCUGCCCGAGUAUGACCCCAAGUGCUAUCUCUGCCCUGGCAACACACGCGCUGCUGGAGACCGGAACCCCAAGUACGAGAAGACGUUUGCGUUUGUCAACGACUACAGCGCCGUCAAGGAGCAGCAGCCCGAUUAUGAGGCCGAAGCCUCCUCCGAUGACCUUGAAUCUCUGCUCCUCCGCGCCCAGGGCGUAAAGGGCGUCUGCUACGUCCUCACCUUCUCUCCCAAGCACCACCUCACACUCGCCGACAUGCCCGCCCCCGACAUCCUCCCAGUCAUUGAGCACUGGACCCGCAUCUACGCCAACCACCUCUCCGCCUCAAACCCGCUGUCCAAGCUGGUCGACGGCCUGCAGCUUUCCCUGGCCAAGGGUGAUGCGCCGCAGCCCAAGGACGAGUAUCGCUACCUGCAAAUCUUCGAGAACAAGGGCGCCGCCAUGGGCUGCUCGAACCCGCACCCGCACUGCCAGGUCUGGACCACGUCCACCAUGCCCGAGGAGCCGGGCAAGGAGCUUGCGCAGAUGACCAAGUACCGCAAGCAGCACGGCGGGCGCCACCUGCUGGGCGACUACGUGCAGCUGGAGCUGGGCAAGGAGGAGCGCGUGCUGUGGCAAAACGCCGGCUUCGUCGUCGUCUGCCCGUGGUGGGCCGUCUGGCCUUUCGAGGUGCUCAUUCUGCCGCGGCGGCACAUCCGCUCGCUCGUCGACUUCAAGCCCGAGGAGCGGCUGCAGCUCGCCGAGGCGAUCCAGGAGGUCACGCGGCGGUACGACAAUCUCUUUGAGUGCAGCUUCCCCUACAGCUCGGGCAUCCACCAGGCACCGCUGCAAGGCACGGAGGGGGAGGUCGAGAACUCGUACUUCCACAUGCACUUUUACCCACCGCUGCUGCGGUCCGCGACGGUCAAGAAGUUCCUCGUAGGGUACGAGCUCAUGGCGGAGCCGCAGCGAGACAUUACACCGGAGCAGGCCACGGCCCGGCUGCGCAACUGCGGCGGGGAGCUCUACAGAAACAACCUGAAGCAAUAA